AUGCGUUCCAAAUUCAAGGACGAACACCCCUUCGAGAAGCGCAAGGCAGAAGCCGAACGCAUUCGCCAGAAGUAUGCCGACCGCAUUCCUGUCAUCUGCGAGAAGGUAGAGAAGUCUGAUAUUGCUACCAUCGAUAAGAAGAAGUACCUCGUCCCCGCAGAUCUCACCGUCGGCCAAUUCGUCUAUGUUAUUCGCAAGCGUAUCAAGCUUAGCCCCGAAAAGGCAAUCUUCAUCUUCGUUGAUGAAGUCCUCCCUCCCACCGCUGCCCUCAUGAGCAGCAUUUAUGACGAGCACAAGGACGAAGAUGGUUUCCUCUACAUCACGUACGUUCCUCUCCACCGCUAG